GGUGUCAGGUCUGGUCCAGGGUCGUUGAACGGUUAAUGCACAAAGUAAAGAGGCUGAAAAUUGAAGACAAAACAGAAGACGGCCAGAAAAGCGUCAGAGAGGCACUGGCAGGCAUGAUGGGGGUGGACGAGCUCUCGGACAGCACGGAGGUGGUGGAGAUGGAGGACGUGAAUCCCACCCAGUUCCACGUGGAGAAGCACACAUGGGAUGGCCUGCGGAAGAUCAUCCACAACAGCCGCAAGAACACAGGCAUGGUUAUCAGCAAGGCGCCACACGACUUCCAGUUCAUCCAGAAGGACGAGGCCAGUCCGCACUCCCACCGCAUCUACUACCUUGGAAUGCCUUACGCCAGCAGGGACAAUGCAUUACUCUACUCAGACAUUCCCAAGAAGGUCCGCAAAGAUGCUCUGUUGGUUUUGUCAUGGAAACAGCUGCUGGAUCAUUUUAAGGCCAGCCCUCGCCACGGGGGCUUCUCGCGGGAGGAGGAACUGCUGCGAGAGAGGAAACGUUUGGGGGUGUCUGGCAUCACCUCCUAUGAUUACCACCGUCCCAGCGGCCUCAUCCUGUUCCAGGCCAACAGCACUCUGUACUACUGCCGUGAUGGUGGAAACAACAGCUUCAUUACUUCUCCUAUGCAGCCUGUCGAGAUUAAGAGCCAGAGUUCAGGCACACGCAUGGACCCCAAGAUCUGCUCCGGGGACCCCAACUUCAUCGGCUUCAUCAACAACAACGACAUCUGGGUGACCAGCAUUGAGACGGGUGAAGAGAGGAGGCUCACCUUCUGCCAUAAAGGUAUUGAUAACCCAAAGGAAGACACCAAAUCUGCCGGCAUCGCCACUUUUGUCACACAGGAAGAGUUUGACCGCUUCACCGGAUACUGGUGGUCACCUGCUGCUCGUGAAGAAUCAGAUGGCGGUAAAACUCUUCAGAUUCUGUACGAGGAGGUAGACGAGUCCGAGGUCGAGAUCAUCCACGUUCCAUCUCCGGCUUUAGAGGAGCGUAAGACCGAUGUCUACAGAUACCCACGCGCAGGCAGCAAGAAUCCUGAUAUCACUCUCAAAAUAGCAGAAAUCAGGACGGACAAUCUCGGCAAAAUCGUCAGCACACAGGAAAAGGUGUUGCCGGUUCCCUUCACCAGCCUGUUUCCUGGUGCCGAAUAUAUCACCAGAGCCGGAUGGACAAAAGACGGCAGAUAUGCGUGGGCGGUCAUGAUGGACCGACGGCAGCAGCACCUCCAGUUGGUCCUACUGCCUCCAGCGCUCUUCAUCCCUGCAAACCAGGACGAGGCCAGCAGGCAAGAGAGCCUGGAGGCCCUCGGAGAGGCCGUCCAGCCCUUCAUCAUCUACCAGGAGACCUGCGACAUCUGGAUCAAUGUCCAUGACAUCUUCCAUCCAUUCAUCCAAACCAGUGAUGAUGAGAUCACCUUCAUAACAGUAAAUGAAUCAAAAACAGGUUUCUGCCACCUGUAUAAGAUUACCUCAGAGUUACAGCGGGGCAGCUACAACUGGGCCAAAGGCUACACGCACUCUGAAGACGAUUUUAAGUGUCCAGUCAAAGAGGAGGUGACAAUAACCAGUGGGGAGUGGGAGGUGCUGGCCAAUCACGGAGCAAAGACCUUUGACAUGUUUAUCAGCCACUACAGCAGCUUGACUGCGGCACCGUGUGUACACAUCUACAAGCUGAUGGGCUCAGACAGCGACCCGCUGCACAAAGAGCCUCAGUUCUGGGCGAGCAUGAUGGAGUCUUCUGGUUUCCCAUCCGACUGCACUCCUCCAGAGAUCUUUAGCUUCACAGGGAAGUCGGGCUUCGAGCUGUACGGCAUGUUGUACAAACCACACAACCUGGUCCCUGGCAGGAAGCAUCCCACCGUUAUCUUUGUCUACGGCGGUCCGCAGGUCCAGUUAGUGAAUAACUCUUAUAAAGGAGUGAAAUACCUGCGGCUGAGCACGCUGGCGUCUCUGGGCUACGUUGUAUUGGUGAUCGAUGGGCGGGGCUCCUGUCAGCGGGGACUCAAGUUUGAAGGAGCUGUGAAGGACAAAAUGGGUCAGGUGGAGAUUGACGACCAGGUGGAGGGUUUGCACUACAUAGCUGACAAGUACAAGUUUGUGGACCUGAGUCGCGUCGCCAUCCACGGCUGGUCGUACGGAGGCUUCCUGUCUCUCAUGGGCCUCAUCCACAAACCCGACAUCUUCAAGGUUGGCAUUGCAGGAGCUCCAGUGACGUUGUGGAUGGCCUACGACACCGGAUACACAGAGCGAUAUUUGGACACACCUGACAAAAACCAGAAGGGAUACGAGGCUUGUUCUGUCGCCCUGCAUGUCGACAAACUCCCCAAUGAGCCCAACAGAUUGCUGAUCCUGCACGGGUUUCUAGAUGAGAAUGUGCACUUUUUCCACACUAACUUCCUGGUGUCUCAACUCAUCCGGGCAGGGAAGCCGUACAGCCUGCAGGUUUAUCCCAACGAGCGACACAGCAUUCGAUGUCCAGAGUCUGGAGAACAUUAUGAGAUUACGCUGCUGCACUUCCUCCAGCAGAACCUCUGAUAAGCCUUUUCUACACGCUUAUCUUCCCUUCCUCGCUUCCUUCCCUUCUUCUCCCUGUCUCCUCCUCCUCCUCCUCUUUCCUCUUUCCUCCAUUUAUUUAAACCUCCAUCACUUUCUCUCUCGCUUGAUUUCACGAUAUGUUAAAAUCAAGCUAUGCCAAACCUGAAACCACCUCAAGAGUCUUAAAGGUGCGGAAGCGUUUUAGCAUCAGUGAACAACUACAAGGUUGAUACUCAGAUUUUAGUAUUACCACCAUAAACGAGACUGAGCGAAGUCUAGUAGUCUUUACAUUGUAUUUUACAUUAGAGGGAAAUCUGCUGGAUUGCUUUAAGCCCCAAAACAAGCAGAUUUCGAAGGCUGAAAACAAAUCACAGUGUGACAAUGAUGUUGUAAAAUGCUGCUCGCUGCACCAUCGCUGGCAUAAUGCAAAAAAGUACAGAAGUGGACCUGCUGCCCAGGAGAUUUCUCUCUCUUGUCUCUCUUUUUUUUUUUUUUGCAAUUUCCUAUUUUUUUUUUUAUUGAACUCUCACUUUGUUUUUUGGGACCCAACUGAUAAAAGUUAUCGUUUAUGUGUCUGUGAAUAAACACUGGAGUGAAAUUAGUGAACGUAAAGCUCUUUAAGAGCAUUCAAGCAAGCACUUAACCCCCCUUCGUUGUGUACUCUGUAGUCUUUUUGUUUUGUCAUGUGCUGUCCUAGAUUACUUUUAAUGUGGUGUGCCACACUUCUAUCUACAGGAAAAAAAAAAUUACAUGCCACAUUUUUAUUGUGUAUUAAAAAAAAAUAUUUUUAUGGAUUCUUAUGCAUUCAUAAAUGGUGGAAAAAUGUAGCGACCUGUUGCUGUUUCACUCGCUUGCUUUAAUUUUCUGGGGUGCUUCUUUUUCUUCUGCUGCUGAGGACUUUUGCACAUAUUACAUAUUUGCCUUGGUGCCAACAAACUGAUCUAUAAGAUGAUGUAUGACAACUGUUGGCAGUCUGAGGUGCCUUGCAAGAGUUUAAGAGCGCUUGCUCGUAUAGUAAAUAUCAGGGAAUCUGUCUGAGGACCUACAACAGUUAAAUGCCUUGUUACAUGUGUGUCUGAUGACCAUCUGUAAGAUGAGCUCUCAUGACCUGUACGUGGUUAAAUGUACUCUCAGAUAUUGAAGAAAUAAACAGAAGUGAACAAUCUU